AUGAACAGAGAGGAGAGCCCCGCUCAAGUUGAGGCAAAGUUCAGAGAGAUCCUCUCUGAGGCACCUCUCACUCUGGAUCAUAUCAGAGACUCGAUAUACCCCUUUAGCAUCGGCUCUGAAGACACCAUCGAGACUGUGUUCGAGUAUAUGGUUGAACAGGUAACCGACAAGACCGAUACAGAGGCUGAGAAGUACGGCCUCGUAGGAUACAACUACGGUAAUAGUUUCGCCAAGUCACAUGACUCUCCAGAUAUGGAGCUGGAGGAUGAAGAACCAGAGGAUGGCUACGUCAUCGAGAACACCCCAGAUGUUGUGAUGGAGGGCGAGGAAGAAGAGAAUUACGAAGAGGAUUACGAAGCCUCCGAGGAUUCUGAAGAGCUUCCAGGUAACGACAACAUGGAGGGCAUUACUUCACCUACUCUUUCGGAUGAGAGUCUUCCUUCUACUAUAGGUCCAUCGUCUCCUCAUGAUCUUCCUAAUAUUGACGAAGAUGAUAUUAUAGGUAUUACUGCUCUAGAUCAGCUUAAUAAUAAUCGUCAAAAGACUCCUUCUCCCCCUGGUGGUGAGUUGCCGAACAAGGAUGAUUGGUCAGAUACUGUGGUCAACACUUCCCCCCCGCCUUCACUCACGCCGUCUGAAAUUGAGGCAAAUUUUCCAGCUCUUCCUAAUUACUCGUCUUCUCUUUCGGGUACUCAGGUCCCGUCUUCACCUCCUGUAAUCCCAUCUUCACUUCUUGCGGGCGGGUCUUUAUCUCCUCCGCCGACGGUACCAGGAGCACAGGUCGGGGUAGGAGCAAAUGUCGAACUCAAGACAUCACCUGCAGGAUCGAAAAAGUCAAGCUCGCCUUUGUCCGACCCCGGUAGCAUCCUCAAAGGUAGCACCCCUACUCCCCCACCAGUCACGCCAACAAGUCCGGGGGGCUCAUCUUCCACGUCCACUCUCUCCAGCCCCCGUACCAUCCCCACUCCCAGCCCCUCUUCCCCACCAGCCACACCAACAACUCCCGGGGGCCCAUCUUCCACGUCCUCUCUCUCCAGCCCCCGUACCAUCCCCACUCCUAGCCCCUCUCCCCCCGCAGCCGGAACCAAGCGUGCGGCCCCCACAACGGGAGGACAACCCCGCCCCAAGCGAGUACGCAACCCCGUUCCGCCAGCCAGGAAGCAAACUGCUAAGGUAGCAAAGGCGGGUCAGGUGGUGUUGCAGUGCACAGGUCAGACUAGGAGGGGCGCGAGGUGUGGCUUUACCAAGCAGAUGCCUCAAGGAACUCAGACGUGGGACUGUGGACGUCAUAACAGGUAG